GUGAUUGUUCCGGCGUUAGUGAGAGUGAAUACCGGAACUAACAGAAGACAAAGAAUUAGCUAAAGACCGACACUAUUUAGCAGUCUGUCCUCCACUUUGACUCUGUGAAAGAUGUCCAGACUUCAGAGUCUGAAGCUUUUUAAUCAACCAGCGGCUAACUGCGGCUGUCGAGGAGAUAUUUGGACAUUUUGAGAAAACAAUAACCGAGUAUGAAGAGGAGAUGGACCGACGCGGAAGCAAUUUUACUUACCAUAGCUAACAUGCUAACAUUUCUAUUUCGUACCACGUAAGAUACACCACCAUAAGAUACAGUCGGAGUGAACCACCAGAGCCUGUAUGUGUGGAUAAACGUCUUUAAGUGAACUUUGUGCAAACUUGCUGGAUGUUUCCUCUCAGACUCGUCUCCUGUUAGCCAAGAAUGCUAAAUGUAGUUAGCGUAGCUUGCUAGCUGGAAAUGGGAGGCCACACAGCGCUACUCAGAGGAACUUCGAUAGAGUCUAAACUGUAUUUUUCAUGGACCCAAAAUGUCCAAAUGAGCCUGUCUGAAUAGACUCUGUGCUGUUCCCUUUAUUUUAAAAUGUUUUACGUCUGAAUUAUGUCCUGGAGUCCUAAGAAGCUAAUGAAGUUAGCCUAGCUUGCUAGCUGGAAAUAGACGGACGCGAACGUAACCUAGCAACGCAGCGCGCGUCAGAGGGACCAAACUGUUUCUAACGGAGUGAGUCUGGAGGAAAAGUUGCUGUAAAAAAAUGUCUAAAGUCCAAAUGCUGAGAGCUUUUGUCAACCAGCGACUAAGUGCGGCUGCUGAGGAGAUAUUUGGGCUGUUUGAAAGGACGAUAGCAGAGCACGAGGAGGAGCUUUGUCGUUCAAAAGAGGAGAACGAGCGACAGCGGAAACUGCUGGACGCUGUUUUCCAGCCUGAAGUCCGGUUACACAGAGCAGACGUCCAGCAGCUGUCGGUGAGGAAAGAAAAGGUUCAGGAGUGGAGCCCCAGUCUGGACCAGGACCCAGAGCUGCCACACAUUAAAGAGGAGCAGGAGGAGCUCUGGACCAGUCAGGAGGGAGAGCAGCUCCGAGGGCUGGAGGAGGCCGAUAUCACCGAGUUCCCAUUCGCUCCUGUGAAGAGUGAAGAAGAUGAUGACGAAGAGAAACCUCAGUCCUCGCAGCUUCAUCAAAGCCAAACUGAAGAGAACAGAGAUGCAGAGCAUUUGAAAACAGAAACUGAUGGAGAGGACUGUGGAGGACCAGAACCAGCCAGGAACUUUAAUCCAGAUAAUCAUUUACAACCAGCUCCUCAUGACAAGACUUCACACUCCUCUGAACCCGAGACUGACGACAGUUGUGAUUGGGAGGAGACCAGGGAACCUCAGUCAGGUUUAAACCCAGUACCUGUGAGUGAUCAGGACUGUAAUACUGGAAAAACAUCAGUUAGCUCCUCUGAAUGUGCUACAAGCUUUGGCUACAAGGAACAUCUGCAGAAACACAAUGGAAUCCAAACAGCAGUGAAACCAUUUAGCUGCUCAGUUUGUGGUAAAAAAUACCCCCGGAAGAAGUCCUUAACGACUCAUAUGAGGCUUCAUUCAGAAGGAAAACGUAUAACCUGCUCAUUUUGUACUAAAACCUUUAAAUGGAGAGGAGAGGUUGUGAGGCACAUGAGAAUCCACACAGGGGAGAAACCCUUCAGGUGCUCCGUCUGUGGUAAAAGAUUCGCAAUAAGGUCAUCUUUGACCUCACACUUAAGAAGUCAUACGGGAGAAAAGCCUUACAGCUGCUCAGUUUGUAAAAGAAGUUUCAGUCUCAGAGACAAUUUGGUCAAACACAUGAGAAUGCAUACUGGGGAGAAACCAUUUAGUUGUUCAGUUUGUGGUAACAGAUUCGCACGAAAGGAUCAUCUAAGACAACACUUGAAAGUCCACACAGGGGAGAAACCAUUUAACUGUUCAGUUUGUGGUAAAAGAUUUGCACAGCGUGGAACUCUGAGACGACACUUUACUGUCCACACAGGGGAGAAACGAUUUAGUUGCAGUGUUUGUGAUAAAAGAUUCACUCGGCUCCAUAAUGUCAAAAAACACAAGUGUGCUGGUGAGAGCCGCAGAAAUAAAUGACGCUGCUUGUUGAGCCAUUUUUUUCCAGCAGGAUUGAAGUACUGAGGGCAGGACUUGGCUCAACGCUGAUCAGCUAAACAGCGAUUCAGAAUCCAAAAGAAGUUCUGCUUCAUCUUGUCAGCUGAGAUGAAGCCACAUGUUUUCCAGGCACUGUGCUUUUUGGUAUUACAUGUAUUCAUUGAUUCAAAAUAUAUUUGAAUAGUGCUCCGAUCAUAAUCGGCCAAUAUUCGUUGUAAAAAGUUUGAUCGGUGGUCUCAAUAAAUGACGCAAUUCUGCCCAGGUAUAUUAACGGCCGGCAAGCGAGUGUUUGCAGAGAAACACACACAGAGAGGUUUCGAUCGUUUUGAUAAGCUAUGUCUACACGCAGCUCACCUGAAAACUGAAUCGCUUGUGAAAACCCCCCAAAACUAGUUUUUUGGGUGAUAUACUACAAACGUACUGCUGUUGAAGAAAGAGAGAGAAACCGAAAGAGGCGGGGCAAGCUGGUGUGUUGCGGACCAGAGGUGUGGGGGGAGUAAACACUAAAACAAGGUGGAGAAUUAAGUUUUGUCUUUGUCUCGUGACCAGUGUCGUCUCCUCGUCACGUUUCAGAUGUCAGAGACGUUUCCCCAUUUAAACUUCUCACAGGGUUUUGUUUAAGUAAGUGUAUGUUUGAGGCCCAAACAUAUCAAAUUAUCCAAUAUUUAACCAAAAAAGCAAAGAUUAGAGAAAAAUAAAAAAGAUGGAUACAAAUUUGUGUAGCAGAAGGACACGGCUCUUUGUAGUAAAAGUGCAAAUACCAGCAUUAAGGUCUCCUCAAGUAUCCUAAAUGUGAUUUUUAAGUAGGGUUAGUACAUUAAAAACCUCUUAAACCCGAGCGCCCCCAGUACCGGGGGCAGCAGCGCAUCUCACAACAAGUGCCAUAUAACGGCAUGAUAAACAUGAAGCAACAUUUUCAUGCUGCAUACCCGCGUAACGGGAAGGAGCUCAGCUAAAAGCUGAGGCUAACAAUUUUUACCUACACGAAACACAAGUCAGCAGCAAGCAACUGACUGAGCGUGUCGCAAAAAGCUUUAUCUGCCUGUCUGUCUGAAAACAGCGCUAUUAAUAUCUUUCGUUUCACGCUAUCAACACAAACAGCCCCUCAAAUUAACACUGAGACUCCAGAGAUUACAGCGUCGCGUCGAUCAUAUCGCUCUACGACCAAAACUCACUGAAUAGCCGUCGAAGAAAUACAAAAACAAACUUACGUUUGUACGUUUACAACUACGAAUUGUCUUGCCUUUUGUUGUUUUUGUAAUCAAAAGUUGUGUUUGAUCGCCUAAAUCCCAAAGUAAUCACUUUUCCAAUGCCCCUGCGCCAUCUUGAAUCCAUUUCAAUUGGCUUGUAUACAGUUGUAUUGCAUAGGGAAGGAUAAUGGAGAUGGCAGACCGCAGCCCUCCAUGCGAUGAGACAGUCUAUGUCUCCAUCUGGUGACUGAAUCGAAAUACUGACACCAACAAAAACCAUCUCAUCCUGUUGCUCUGGCUGAGAGGAAUCCAUAGAUGUGUCACACUUGACUGUGGGCCUUUCUGUUGUGAAUUUAUCUGCCUGUAUAGCAUGGAGCGCUUCAGUCAUAUAUGAAUAUUGAUCAGUAAUCAUUGUGUUACUAUAUUUCAAUGUUUUUAUGUUAUUUGUUAUUUGUAACAUGGCUAUAUGCAAAUAAAUGGUGUUUUGAUGUAAAAGUUCAAGUAAAUGGUCAAAAAAGUCCCAAACAUG